AUCGGAGGAUUCGGAUCUGAAAGUUUUAAGCACGUGAGCGUGCCACGCUCAGAAGUCAACCAUCAUCAGCGAAGUCAGCAAAAUACAGUCUGGCCCUCAAAUCUCGACCUUUUCACUUAUGCGUCAUGAUUUAUCGUCUGAUGUCUCAUUCACCUGCUUUCUCAAGCCGCGCGGCUGGGUCAACUAGGACCGCUACUUCUUUCCGGUAGCAUUCUGGGGAUAUUGCUUGGUUCUUCUGCCUCGUGCAUACAGCCGAAUCAGCUGUGCGCUCGGCUAUCUAGUGAUCAUCUUUCAAUACAAUCGGCGCUCAUGAGCGGUUCGAACGAGAAAGAAAGCAUGCAACUGGAAUCGGUUUUCAACUUUCCCCGAUCGCCAUGGUGGUUGGACGCCUCCGUUCAGUCCUUCUUCUCCUUUGAUGGAGUAUGGGUAUUAUAUGUUUUCCUGCACUCGCCAUCUUUACUCCAAGAUCUGUUCAGGGCACCUAUCUAUAGGUUCCACAGCGAACUCUUGCAUGUGUACUUCCGCUUAUCUUCCUCCGUUCAAACUCGCAGAAAGGAUCGUGUGGUACAAAACUCUCAUAAAUCUCCUCCCAUACUCGGUGUUAUUCCACCAUCAUGGCGAUUCCAUCUUCAUAUGAUCUUCCAAUGCCUGACUCUGGUUUCAAACGCUUCUCGCGCUCGCUGUAUGAAAACCAGUGUCCGGUGGAUCAAGCCCGAGAUACAUUCACAACUAAAAAUAUGUCUUCGCUGUUUAAGGAUCUGGUCUUGUUACCUCGUAAUGAAGCCCUCACAAAUCUGCCUCGGUAUCGCUGCCAGCUCGCUCCUCGUAGCGGGUGAUCUCCAGAGCAGAGAUGCACCUCCCCAGAGACUGGAAGUUCCUAUUGCGGUUGACAGCAACAAGAAAUAUUCCGUCCAUGUGAAUAUGUCUCCCGGACCACAAUCACAAAACUUUACAUUUGCACUCAGUUUUGGAACCGGAUAUACUAUUGUUGCAGGAACGGCAUGUGAUACCUGCGACGGUGUUAAACCGUAUAACCAAAGUGCAUCCGCGACUGUCGAGCAACUACCCGGUAGUCGAGAUGUUUCUGUCGUAAAUGGCAGCGCAGGAGGUAAUCUCAUCACAGAGGAUUGCAGUCUUCGACAGAGCAAUGGAUCUGGCUGGUUCUAUGGUAAUCAAACCAUUAUCCUUGCCAAUCAAUCCGAUUCGCUAUUCUCACCUGGACACACUGGAAUCAUAGGACUUGGGACUAAUGCUAGGGAUGGAAAUUUUAGCGCUACCGUCUUUGGGGGUUGGCUGUCACAAAACCCAUCUCAAACAAACUUUAGUUUUGGCAUGGCGCUAAAUCAAGCACCGGAUGAUACACAGGCUACAGCAUCUGACUCGGACUCAGAUGGCGGCUUAUUCCAUUGGCUUGAACCGGAUCCUUCGUAUUACAGCGGGGACGUAGCAUGGAAGAACAUGGUUCCGUCUAACUCUAGCAGUAUUGCGGCAGAUUUCCAUGUGACGAUGGAUAGCUGGACAUUCACAACAUCUUUGGGGAAUAGUUCGCAAAGUGGGGACCUGGUCACGCUCAUCGAUCCAAUGUACUCCACAAUGACCUUUCCUCAAGGAGCUGCAGCCCUCGUGUAUGCUGGUGUUCCUGGCGCUUCAGUCGUGGCUAAUACUUCGAUUACCAACAUAUGGGGUGUGCCUUGCCGGUCCAAAAUGAAUCUCACACUCACGUUUGGUGAUCUCUCGGUUGUGGUCGACGAAUCAGUUCUGGUGCGAAAUCAAAAUGGGCAGUGCUUUGGCGCCAUUGAAGAAUGGUCGUCGCCGUCGACCACGGAAUACCUUUUAGGUUCUAGUUUUCUCGCUUCAGUCUAUGUAAUAUUUACCGUAUCCAGCGCGACUGAUGGCAUGGUCGGGUUUGCACAGCGAGCGGUCAGCGCGAAGUCAAAAAGGCUGAACGCUGCCUCUAUUGUCGGCGUCUCUCUGGGAUCAGCCGCUUUUACUAUUGCCGUCAUCGUGAUCGCCGUGUUGGUUGAUCGCGCUCAGCGUAGGCGAAGACGGGCUGCAGCUGAUGCAGCUGAGAAAGAUCUCAUUCCUUACACUGCCACUCCAGAAACACCUCUCUCCGGUUCGAUUUCGAAGUCACCGCCUCAUUCUCCAGAGAUUGUAAUAACAACCUAUACACCACCUUCGACCAGUCAUGGCCGUACCUCAGGUGCUACGUCAAAUCGCUCGGAUUCACCUUCAAUGGCUGGAGCGGACCCGCCGCCAUACUCUGGACGAGGUAGUGGGCUCAUGCAAGUUGUGGAAAGACGGCAGCAAGAGGACAUGCCUGCCGUCUUUGUUGGACCACCUCCCGGAGGCAAGCGUAUUAGGAAUAAUUCAUCCACGAUUGUGGGCACGGUUUGAUGUAUGUUCAGCUUUAUACGAUUUUCCUUUGAUAAUUCGUUUUUUAGUUUUAUGUACUACUAAAAAUCCUACUUCUUAUGUUGUAGCUAUAUCAUGAACAGCUCAAGGUUGCUGAAACCAGCUGUAAGAUAAAAGGUUAACGCGGUCACGUGGAUCAUCCAUAUGCCUUU